UAUGCAUAUAAACACAAACCUUCUAUCAAUUCCCAACCAAAAAGAUAAGAAGCAGACAACAGAUUUUUUUUUUCCAAACCCCUUUUCACAUUCUGUGUGGUCUUCUCUCUGCUUUCCAAUCCACCUUUUCUGCUCCUAUAUAAAGAGCAGCUUCCCAAUUACACCCUCUCCCCAUCACUCAAAAACACAAACAUAAAACAUCCUACAACCUCCAAAUCACAUAAUUAGCUACCCUUUGAUCAUGGCUCCUCAUGGCCUUACCAAGUUGCUCAAACUGAGCUUCUAUUCCUUGGUAGUAGUCAUGAUGGUCAUGACCCAUCAAACCCAAGGCUUCAGGUUGGGUCCUCUGUGGAGGAAGAAGAGCAAAAAUGUAGUGAUUGAUCCCACCCCAAUUGGGAUAUGUGCUUCUUCUGUUUUGGUUCAUGGAUACAAAUGCCAGGAGAUUGAUGUGGUAACCCAAGAUGGGUUCAUACUGAACAUGCAGAGAAUACCAGAAGGUAGAGAUGGGAAUGGAGGUGGUGAUGGAAUCAAGAGGCAGCCUGUCCUAAUUCAACAUGGAGUCCUUGUGGAUGGAAUGACAUGGCUUCUGAAUUCUCCAGAGCAAAAUCUACCCCUGAUCUUGGCCGACAAAGGCUUUGAUGUUUGGAUUGCUAACACCCGAGGGACCAGAUUCAGCAGGAGGCACACCUCUCUAAAACCCAAUGAACAUGCUUUUUGGAAUUGGUCAUGGGAUGAGCUAGUUCUGUUUGAUCUCCCAGCUUUUGUUGACCAUGUUCAACAAGAAACUGGUCAAAAGAUGCACUAUGUUGGACAUUCCCUGGGGACUUUGAUAGCAUUGGGAUCAUUCUCAGAAGGUUUGCUUGUGGACAAGCUGAAAUCAGCUGUAUUCCUAAGCCCAAUUGCCUACUUGAGCCAUAUGAACACUGUCAUUGGAGCUCUUGCUGCCAAAGCCUUUGUUGGUGAGAUGACUGAACUGCUUGGUUUUGCUGAGUUCAACCCUAAAAUGAAGCUAGUUACUCAGUUUCUCGAUGCUCUAUGUGCUUCCCCUGGAGUUGAUUGCUAUGACCUCGUUUCUGCCUUCACUGGGAAGAAUUGCUGCCUGAACUCAUCAACGGUUGACCUCUUCCUGCAGAACGAGCCUCAAUCAACAGCCACCAAGAACAUGGUCCAUUUAGCUCAAACGGUCCGAGAUGGUGUGCUAGCAAAGUUCAACUACGGCACGGCCGACUACAACAUGAUGCACUACGGUGAGGCCUCGCCGCCGGUGUACAACCUCUCCAACAUCCCGCACGACCUGCCGGUGUUCCUCAGCUACGGCGGCCAGGAUGCUCUGUCCGACAUCCGGGACGUACAGCGGUUGCUCGAUAGCUUCAGGGCCCAUGACGUGGACAAGCUGUCGGUUCAGUACGUGAGGGAGUAUGCUCAUGCUGAUUUCAUCAUGGGUGUCAACGCCAAGGACAUUGUUUUUAACCAAGUCGUCUCGUUCUUCAAACACCAUACUUGAAAUGACCACAACAAAUGCCAUGCCAAAUGGGUCCAAAAUCUAGCUAGCUAUGUAUACAUCUAAUCACGCACAACCAAUAUAUGAUACAUCUAUAUUAGUUUCUUGCAAAUCAAGAAACUCUAGCUUUCUCUGUCUCUCUUUCUUCCUAUUGUAACACUAAUAAACCUCUCAAAUCUAUAGAGUACUUUAUGGUUUAUAUAUGUAAGUUAGUUGUUGAAGUUGUGUUAUUUGCACUUGUUUAGAAAAUGGUAG